ACUCUUCUUUUGGGAGAUAGAUAAUUUUAACAAAACGUAAACAAUAACCUGACAACGUAAAUGUCAAACUCGAUAAUUUGUUUUCUCUCAUAGAAAAUGUCUUUAAUUUACAUCAAUAAAACGUUUAUUGGAAAAGAUAUUGAAAACAAGUUCCUCCAAGCAUGUGAAAAGGGCGAUAUUUCUUCCGUUAACAAAAUUUUACGCCUAAAGGUGUCUCCCAACACAAGAGAUGACUUGGGAAGAAGUGCAUUGUCAAAAGCAAGCGCAGGGGGACAUGCAGAAGUUGUCAGAAUGUUACUUGAAGCCGGGGCCGAUGCAAAUGUCAAACAAUCCGGUCUAGUCACACCCUUACAUUUGGCCGCCAAAGGAAAGCAUUUAGAAGUUUGUAAACAUCUUAUUUUGAAUGGUGCUAAAUUUGACGCAACAACUAGUUCUGGAUUAACUCCUAUUGACUUUGUCACGCAUGAAUCAGAGUUAUGGAACCUGAUUAAUGACGCUGCACGGGGAGAUAUGCCUGAACUUGAAGAAAUUCCAGACGUACCGGAAAUUCCAGAUUAUGCUUUGCCGGAAGGGGCCGCACCAAAGAAAGGCAAAAAGGGAAAGAAAGGCAAAAAAGGCGGAAAGAAAGGUAAAGGUGGAAAAAAGAAAGGCGGGAAAAAGAAAGGAGGGAAGAAGAAAAAGAAGAAAUAAUUAAGUUGCUGUUAUUUGUUUGUUACAUUGUGUAGUACUUUUAUAAAUUUACUCUGUAAUGGAUGGCAAGCAAUGAUAAAA